AUGUCAUCAUCACUUACAUUUUUCAAAGAACUCCGUUUAUUAUCACAAGCAUCAUGCUCGCUAAUCAAUAAAUCAAUUGUUAGAUAUAUACCUCGUGCUACUCCGAAGCAACAACAACAACAGGCUACAGAGUCAAAUUAUAGUGAACCACUGCUGACAUUUAACGAACAAAAAAAAUUUUCAGCAAAAAAUCAAAAAAGAGAACAAGAUGAUUAUUCUAUCAUAAAACCGACACAAUCUUCUAACUAUGUCAAAGAUCAACAAAAGCAAACUUUUCACUCUGUCAUGAAAUUAUCAUCUUCCCUGCCUGCCAACGAAGUACAACAUCAACAGUCAACAUUGCCAAAAUUAAUUGAUGUUCAAACUGGCCUUAGUCGAUUUAUGAUCGAAUGCGAUGAUACAAAAUUGUUUGAAUUAGUUGAGAAAAAUUAUAAAAUCUUUACAGAAGAAAAUACUCGAAUAUUUGUUGAAUGUUUAUACAAAUUAAAUAUCAGACAGAACUCGAACUUAAUCAUACAUCAACGAUUACACGAUUAUGUCGAUUAUCUAGUAUUAAAACAUGGUGAAUAUUUUGAUUAUAGUGGUGUAUUGUCUUCAUUUCACCAUUUAUCAUCAUUAAUCGAUGAUAUUCAACGUUCUCGAUGUUAUGCGUUGAAAGCAUUCAUUCAACUAAUGAAACAUUAUGUGAAUAAAUACAGUUUAAAAGAUGUUGGCCCAAUAAUAAUAUCAUUAGAAAAUUUAAAUUGUUCAUUGGAACUCGUUCAAUCAUUAGAUGAAGCUCUAUUUGUAUUAACAAAAUUAAAGCAGCGUGAUAUAGACAAAUUAGAUUCAUUAGAAUUGUCUCAAUUAUUUUAUGCAUUUGCACACAGAUACGAUCAAAAUUAUAUCAAAAUAAUUUUAGAAGAGUACAACAGAGACUAUUUGAAUCACAGUAAACAAUCAACAUUACUCAUUUUGAAAAGUCUUAGAAAGUGUCAUAAUGAACAAUCAUCACCAGACGAGUUAACAUUAGAAAAUUGUGCCAGUUAUAUUUUAGAUAAUAGAGAGCAAUUUCAAAAUAUAGAUGAAUUGAAUGAGAUAUGUUCGUCAUUUGAAUUGUUUAAUUAUCAAAGUGUUCUAACACACGAGAUUAAUCUUAUUCAAAAACAAUUUCUUGAAUCAACGAAACAGAUUAAUGAAAAUACUGCUCUUGCCGCUACUACAAAUUAA